AUGUCACCCUUGUACGGCGAAGGACAUAAAGCAUUCUGCAGACUGCAACUUGAGAUCUUGCAAAAAUAUCCGGACGACUCGAUCCUAUCGUGGGCAACAAAACAUUGCCAUGGUCCAGAAAAUGUACUGGCGAGAUCACCAGACGAUUUCCAAGGCUGCCUGCACAUGCAACCAGUUUCACUGCUUCGUCGCGAUCCGCCAAUGUUUAGCCCUCCUCGGGUAACAAGUUGGGGAAUUGAACUACGAGCGAAUGCUCACAAGUUGCGGCCCCUCCCUGAAUAUCGAAGUAUCAAUGUCGACAAUCAACAGCAUCGUUUCUUGUGGGCUUUGAGGAUGAUGGUAGCCUGGAAAGGCCAAUUUGAGGAGCUUCCGUGCAUCUUGAUAUUGGCACAAAGUCAUCCGGCUCGGUAUAACUACCGCCGUCUGGAGUGUCUCCAUUCUACGUGGGGGGUAGCGCGUGCACAUCUGCGGAAGACUUAUCGAGUUGAUAUUCUUGAGUCCGAUACUGUUUUUUAUCUGCAAUUCGACGAUGAUCUCGACUCAUGA